AUGUCCGCCGCCGCCGGCACGACGCACACGCCCCGGCUCGUCUCCGCCGAGGACCGCAAUCGGCUGCAACAGUCCUUUGCCGACAUCCCCUUUGACGCUCACGUCUCGCGCUGGGACGGCCUGUACAAGGAGAGCUUCACGCCGUGGGACCGCGCCGGCCCGUCGCUCGCCCUCGCCGACCUCCUCACCGACCGCACCGACCUCGUCCCGCCCGCGCAGGAGCACGAGGGUGGGGCGAACGGAAAGGCCGCGGAGGCGCCCCCGCGACGCACCGCCCUCGUGCCCGGCUGCGGCCGCGGCCACGACGCGCUGCUCCUGAGCUCCUUUGGCUACGACGUCUGGGGGCUCGACUCGAGCUCGGACGCGGUGCGCAUGGCGCAGGAGAACCGCGAGGCGGCCGACAAGGACGGCCUGUACCAGCCGGCCGAGGGGGUCGAGAGGGGCGCCGUGCACUGGCUCGUCGGCGACUUUUUCGACGAGAGCUGGUCCGACGGCAUAGGCACCGACGGGACCGGCAAGUUCGAUCUCAUAUUCGACUACACUUUCCUCUGCGCACUGCCGCCCGAGGCGCGUCCCCGCUGGGCCAAGCGCAUCGCCAACCUAGUCCACAGCAAAGGCCGUCUCGUCUGCCUCGAAUUCCCGUCGGGCAAGCCGCUCUCCGACCCCGGCCCACCGUGGGGGCUCAACCCGGAGCUCUACGAGGCGCUGCUCGCGACGCCCGGGGAGGAGCCCGAGUACGAGGCCGACGGCACCGUCGUCUACACGCCGUGCGCCAAGCCGCGCGACGAUGCGCUGUACCGACUGAGCAUCAUCAAGCCGACGCGGACGCACAAGGCGGGCACCGCCGACGACGGCACCGUGCUGGACUUUAUCUCGGUCUGGACGCGGUGA